CCGCAACCUUUCGAUAUAGACGGUUUGUAGACGGUACUCAUUCCACCCUCAGGCUGUCCACCCCGCCUAUCCCUUGACAGCGCCCAAAGACUACCAAGUACUCAUACUGGUAGCGCUACGGCGGUCCAUAACAUGGGCUUCCCUUCUCCAAUUACUCGCGAACAGGUUGCCGCCCGAAUCCUUGCCGGGGACAACCUCAUCAUCCUUCGCAACAAAGUCAUUCGUGUACCCCCAUCAUGGCUUGCUACUCACCCCGGCGGUCCUCUGGCUAUCCUUCACUUUGUUGGGCGUGACGCGACAGACGAGGUUGACGCGUUCCAUUCUGACGCGACGCUUGAAAGGAUCGAUCGUUAUACAAUUGGUACUGUGGAUGUCGGAGAACAUGGUUGGCUAUCGUUUGUUCCUCCAAUCAUGAGCGGUUGGGUCAGACGAAUCACCGCGGAUGGCUCCAAGCAAUGGUAUAACGAAGCGUCACCCUUCAACUCUGAGACCGAUACCGCACCGUCUCCAUCCACCCAGUUCCUUCUGGUAGAGAGAACCGAGGACCCCCCUCGGCCUGGCCCUACUCUCGAAACGCUCCAGCCUCCGCCGACGCCAAUAUCCCCCAAGAUAUAUGCCCAGCACUCUGCAGCUUACAAGGUCCUGCACAAACGCGUCAUUGAUGCAGGGUUGUAUAAGACGCGGUAUAUUACUGGCUAUGGUCCGGAGAUUGUUCGUUAUACCCUAUUGGCAAUCCUCUCUAUCGUUGCAUAUCGUUAUGGAUGGUUCAUUACCAGCGCAUUUUUCUUGGGGCUGUUCUGGCAUCAAGUCACGUUCACCGCUCAUGAUCUGGGACAUGUUGGUGUCACGCAUGAUUGGACCAUAGACCGUCUGCUCGGUAUAUUCAUUGCCGACCUUCUAGGCGGACUCAGUAUAGGGUGGUGGGUCGAUAAUCACAAUACACACCAUCUCGUUACUAACCAUCCUAUUCAUGAUCCGGAUAUCCAGCAUCUGCCCUUCUUCGCAGUAUCUCCCGUAUUCUUCAAUUCAUUAUGGUCAUCUUACUACAAACGCGUCAUGGCAUUUGACGCGAUUGCGAAGAUAUUCAUCCCGAUCCAACACAAGCUCUUCUACGUUAUCAUGUGUUUUGCCCGGUUCAACCUAUACGUGCUUUCGUAUACCUUCCUGGCGAAGCACGCAUUCGAACCAAGGAAAGCUGUGGGAGGUCGAUGGUGGUGGUGGGGCGAGGUCAUCUGUCUAGGUCUCUUCUUCUGCUGGUACAGUUCUCUGCUCAUGGCUAUCGGCAACUGGAAAACAGCCUUGGGGUACCUGGUCGUCAGCCAUGUUGUGACCAGUCCCUUACACAUACAGAUUGUUCUGUCACAUUUCUCUCGGUCAACGGAGGACUUCGGCCCUGUCGAGUCUUUCCCAGCACGUCAGCUUCGUACGACUGUGGAUGUGAUCUGUUCGCCCAAGAUCGAAUUCAUCCACGGUGGACUUCACUUACAGGUUACUCACCACUUGUUCCCUCGCCUUCCUCGACACAAUCUGCGAGAAGCGAGUAUGCUUGUGAAAGAGUUUGCCAAGGAGCAUAAUCUAGAGUAUGCUGAGUUUGGCUUUUUCGAAGGAAAUGGCGAGGUUAGAGGUGUCCUGAAGCAGGUGGCAGACCAGGUCAAGAUAGUGGGUAUGGUGGCAGAUGCUAAUAUCCGUGACGCGUUGAAAAAAUGAGUACGAAAUACUUACGCUUAACACCCCAACUCACUCUAUGUAUGUAUUCCAUUGGACUGUGCGUCUGAUAGUAUAGACAGAAAUAGACUGUCGCGCAAGAACACGAGUGCUCAUAUUCAUCAUAUAUGGCAUGGCAUGCAAAACCCAAGGGUAGCGCGAUAUUUUGAAUAC